GGGGUCAUUUCAUUUCCGCUUCAAAUCUCUAAAUUGAAAUUAAAAGAGAAAAUCUCUUUGAUUUUGAAACGAAGCUUGUUCUUUACCGUAAAAGAGAUCCGAUUUUUAGUCUUGAAUUUUUAUAUAGUAAUCUAAAUGGCUGGAGUUUGCUGUGAAGUUGUUGCGGAGACAGAGUCAGCAGCGGCAGUUGAACAAAACUCGAGAUCUUCCCGUCGCCGGAGAAUGGACCUUAGGCCGUGUAAGUUAGUCUCCGACGCCUCCGUUUCACCGCCGUUGGAAAACGGUAGAAAACGUCAGAAGCUGGAUCUGGGUCUCAUCCUCCAGGCUUCUCGUGACUGUGAUAACGCGAUUGAGAACUCGGAAUCUAACCAGCUUAACGAAGAUCACGAAACUAAUGAAAGUUUUAAUUCUAAUGGAACAGUAGAGCUAGAGAUCGAAACGGAACCGACGAAGUUCGGUUUGACUUCCGUUUGUGGAAGGCGACGCGAUAUGGAAGACGCCGUUUCGAUUCAUCCGUCGUUUUGUAAACUAAGCUGUGAAGCUGAAAUUUCGUCCGAUACUCACUUUUUCGGCGUCUUCGACGGUCAUGGCUGCUCUCAUGUUGCGAUGAAGUGUAGAGAUCGGUUUCAUGAGAUAAUUAAAGAAGAAAUCGAAGCUUGCGGCGGCGGAAAGACGGUGGACUGGAAGCUAAUUAUGGAGCGAGGCUUUGAGAGGAUGGAUAAGGAAGUUCAAGAAUCCACGGUAGAUGACGCCAAGGAGAAUUCAAAUUGCCGAUGCGAACUCCAAACUCCGGAGUGCGACGCCGUCGGAUCCACCGCCGUGGUCGCUAUUGUCACGCCGGAUAUGAUCAUCGUUGCCAACUGCGGUGAUUCCCGCGCCGUAUUGUGCCGUAACGGCAUCGCUCUGCCCCUCUCCGACGAUCACAAGCCGGAUCGACCCGAUGAACUGCUCCGAAUCGAAGAAGCGGGUGGCCGAGUAAUUUACUGGGAUGGCCCUCGAGUUCUUGGUGUUUUAGCCAUGUCGAGAGCGAUUGGUGAUAAUUAUUUGAAGCCGUUCGUUAUACCGGAGCCUGAGGUGACAAUAACGGAGAGAACUAGCGAAGAUGAAUGUUUAAUAUUGGGGAGCGACGGAUUAUGGGACGUGGUGACAAACGAGACAACUUGCGGGGUGGCGAGUAUGUGUUUACACGCUCAAAAGCCUGUAUCAACCCCAUUGUCACCAGGUAGUGACGCUGUGGUUCAUGGUGGCGGAGGCGGAGCCGAGAGUUCCGACAAGGCAUGUCGGGAUGCUUCCAUUUUGUUAACCAAAUUGGCCUUGGCUAGAAACAGCGCCGAUAACGUCAGUGUUUUGGUCGUUAAUUUGAAGAAAAAUCAACGGCUAUGAUUAAAAUCUAAAAAU